CCGUUUGCUGUUGGAAGUUAGUCUCCGUUUCGAGAGCUCCCCAACAACGACUUGGCGUUCAAGUUUGUUAGAUAUCAUCUCGUUUACCUCAGGAGGUACGAGAGGCUUAGUUUUUUUUCCUUUCUGUGACUUGUUAGCAUUUUGGACUCUGCUCAAAGCCGUCGACGGCUUUACUCGCAGAAGUAGAAGUGUAAUCGCCAUGUCCACCCAUCGCAAUUACCUACAAAUAUUAACCUUAUUUUCUAUUAUUAUUUAAUGCGUUAGGUGUAUUGAAAAAAAAUAAUUCGUUAUUUUUGUAGUAAAUAUUAUUUUUCACAUUAAAAUUGACAUAUUAAUUAUCUUUAUACAAGAAAAUUCUUUACGUAUUUUAUUAUGAUUAUUUAUAACCUAACGGAUUUUCAAGCAUUCUAGGUUUUUAAAGUGAAAAAUAAUGAGAAUAGAUCACUUGAAAAAAAAGAGAUUUAUUUGUUUUAAUUUAUUCCGUAAUUAUUUUUACUUUUUAACUUUUAGUUUAAAGAUUAAUGGAAUCUUAGUUAUUUUUGAAAAUUGUCAAUUGAAAAUAAAAUUAAAAAAGAAAACGAUAUUUUCUAUUUACUACAAUAAAGAAUUGAAUAUUUUUAAAAAAAAAGUGAGAGUCUCUUGUCUGAGAAAGUAGAAAUGUAUGCGAGUGAUAAAUUGAUGAAAAUUAUGAGAUAGAUUUGAAAAUAAUAAUGCCGACAAUGGAAUGUUGGCUUUUGAGGAAGCCUUUAGUUAUAAUCCCAUGCGUGGGAUUUACAGGUGCGGGUCAGACAAGGUAGGGAGGUUACCAAAGUGAAUGCUUCUUUCUCAUCAGAAAACUAGCACCAGUGCUUUUACUUCCUCUCAAUUCGAUGGACGUGUUUCGCGUGUUCUCGUCACGCAACUCGUGGUCCAUUAUUUGCCAUUCGUUAAUAAAUUCUAAUUAACAAAAAAAAAGUGUCUUUUUUUAUAAAUUAAAAAAUGGUCCAAAAAAACAUGAAGCUCUCGUGGAAAUUUAUUUUCCUUCUAUUCAUUCAUCUAACAUGUGGACAAUUAAAUUUCGAAGGCAAUCCAUUGACCGAGAACACUGACUAUUUAGCAGAAGAAUCACAAAUCUCAACAAGAACAUCACGACAAAAUAAUCUUGAAAAAAGUAUCACUAACAAUGAAAUAAAUCAACCACAAAAACUUUAUCCCGUUUAUAAUAAUGAUGCAAAAAAUAUUUCUCAUGAAAAAUCAAUUGUGAAUAAUAGUUCACAAUUAAAUCUAGAAAAUAAAAAUACAAUUCAAGUUGUUAAACUUGUUCCAACAACAAGACAACAAUCUCGUCAGCUUCAUGAUAAUUACAUAAAUAUAAAUCCCGUUCAACAGGAACAAAAUUCAGGACAAAGUCCUGCUGAUUUAGCACUACAUAUAUUUAUGAAUUCAAAAACCCCACAAGAAUCGGAAAUGGCUUUAAAUUAUUAUCUCCAAGGUGGUCAAGGUUUAAACGAACAAUUGGAAUUACAAAAACAACAGCAAAUCAGAGAGAAGGAAUUACAGCAGGAACAAUAUUUACGACAGCAGGAGCAAUUGUUACAGAGACAGAAGCAACAACAAUUACAACAGGAACAUUUACUUCUUCAGGAGCAAGAAAAUCAAAUAUUGGCACAAAAUCAUCAAGAUCAAUCCCAACAAUUUCAAAAUAUUCAAUCGCAGCAUUUAAAUAAUCAAAUUCAACAAAAUCAAUUGAAUAUCCAACAGAUUAAAGGACAAAAUCAAUUUCAAAAUUUAAAUCAAAAUCAGUUUCAAAGUCAACCAAUUGGUGGAUAUUAUCAGCCACAUUUAUCACAGCGAAUUCCAUUAAUUCAAUCGCGAAACGAUUAUCCAAUGAUGCCCAUGUAUCGUCGACCAAUGAAAAGAAUCAAUUAUCGUCAAUCUUUUCAAUCGCGAAUUGGUCCUCCAUUAUAUAAAGGACCACCGCCACCAAUGUCGGCACCAAUUUAUCCAGGAAAAAUGAUGAAACCACCCGUUGAAGUGAUAUAUUCAAGGCCACCUAAUUAUGCACGUGGCGCGCCAAUUGUAAGCAAUCCACCAAUUUAUUAUGAGGACGCAAGUCCCUGGUUUCCUGAAGUUGAACAUAAACCACCGUCCAAAGAUAUUUAUUAUUCACAAUUGUAUGCACAAUCAUACGAUCCACAUUAUUAUAAUUAUAUUGCAAAAACUGGCAAAAUAAAGCCCCAUUUAUAUGGUAAAUUAAAUAAUGAAAUUAAAGAAGAUGAUGGUAUUUUAGCUGAACUUUUUCGUGGUUUCACAAAACAUGGUAUGAAAAAUAUUAUGAAUCCAACAUUUUUACUUGGUAUGACAAUACCAGCCUUGACAUUCAUGCUCACUGCUCUUGUGCAAAAAAGAUCUCUUGCACGUUCCGAUUCUAGGUCAUUAAAUGAGGAUGAAAUUCAUGAAUAUGUUGAAAGACUUAAGAGAUCUUUAGAGUGCUAUCGAAAUUUAAAAGUGCCGACUGACGAUCGAUGCUGGCGGUGAAAGUUUUUUUUCUGUGAAUGAAUUUUGUUUUUUUUUUAGUGUCACACGACAAGGAAGAAUCAUUAUUUAUUGAGUUUUGUGUGAUGGAAUUCAUUUUUUGAACUUGAUGUGUAUUUAACUGUGAAUGAGACGAGGCAAGAUAUUUUGUAGAAUAUAGAAAAGGCGAAUUAACACUAAAAUUAAUAUUAUAUUCCCUAAUAAUUUGGAAUUAUUUUCUCCAAUUUUCGUUUAAUACAAUUUUUAUAAAUUAGUUUGUAUAAAAGAAAUUUUUUGAAUUCAAAUAUUUUGUUGUUUAAAAUUUGGGAUAAUUUUUUUCAAUUCACAAAUAUUGUGAUGGUAAUAAAAAAUUAAUUUGAUUACAUUAAAAACAUUGAAAUAAUAUUUACAGUGAAUAUUAAUUUUAAUAUAAUGAAAAUUAUAUUUAAAUAUAUAAAAUGAAAAUUUUAAUAGUGAGUAGAAAAAAAAUAUUUUCAAUUCGUACGAUGUAAAAAACAAAAAAAUUAUUUUUAUAUUACACGAAAAUUCGGGAAAAUUGAAUUCUAAUAACCGAUUUCUGUUCAUUUUGUACAAAAUUUAAAAUGAAACGGAAUUUGUACAAAGUACAUUAAUACUCAUUUAAAGUUGUUUCAUAAAAAAAAUACGCUUUAAGUAGUUUAAAAUGCUUUUUCUUGAAUAAUUUAAUAAUCAAAAUUUUUUAAACUUUGGAUUAAAAAAAAACAUAAUUAGGAAAAAUUUUUUUCCCUCUAAAAAGAAAUAUUUUAUUCUCCAAAGUACAAUUUUCAAUCUUUUAUGUGUCAUAUUGCUUUCUAAUGAAAAAUUAGAAUAAAAAGUGAAUUGAAUUUUUUUUUGUAUAGAAAAAAAAAAUUAUAAAUAUUAUAAUUAUUGGUUUAUGUAGUUCAAAAUAAUAAUGAUGUAUUUCCUUAGAUUAUUCUCAAAAUGACUCAGUUUAAAAUGAGUUUUUCCUUUACUACAAUUUAUUCUACCAAAUAAUUAUUUUCUAUAUUAACUUCCAUUUCAAUGUUAUUUCACACUUUAUUAUUUAUUAUAAACUCUAAAAAAAAGUAUUUUACAGUUUUCUUUAUAUAAACUUUUUAAAUCAUCAUUUUCAAGGGAUAUUCAUUUUAAUCAACUUUCUACUAAAAAGUAGGUGAUAAAGUUUUUAUUCCUUAUUAAAAACAAUUUCUAUGAGUCUAAUUACAUGUUAUUUAAAAAAAACAAAAAGUUCUUAAAAGCUUUUCUUUAAAUAUUCCAUCCAGAUCUGAGAUUGAAAUCUGAACUUUCUUUCAUUUUAUUGUUUGUACGUGAACUUUAUACAGAAUUAACUUUCUUCCGUCCAAAAAUUUUUCAACGAAGACGCCAGUAGAGCAAAAAAAAAUAUUUAAUAGAAUAAAAAGUUUUUGUAAAAAAUUUAUUCUAUAAAUCGAAAAACUUAUGAAUAAAAAAUCUUGAUAAAGCAUUUUAUAAUUAAUCAUUUUUUUUUAAACAUGAUAAAUAAUGCAGAAAUCUUUCUAAGAAAGAGAAAAGGUGAAAAUGCUUUGGCAUUUCUUUAUAUUUGUAGAAAAAACAUUUUUCGUGUAAAUUAUAGAAAUUUCUUACUGUAUCCAAAUAUUUACAUAUUAUGUUAAUUAUUAAAUAAUUUAAAAAUUUA